AUGCAGUUAGAAGAACUGUUGAUAAAGAAUGGAAGACCAAUCGCACGGCUUGAGCCUCGCAACGCCUUGCGAUCCUUUACCAUGGGAGAACGAAUCAAGGGAGGCCGGACUCUCCUCCGACUAUCCAAUCUUGUUUCGGCGGAAGAAUGUCAGUUACUGGCAACUUCUUGUAUUGCAGCGGCCCACGACUGGAAGCAAAAGCAAUACGGCGAAGAAACGUCGACCAAUGAGAUGAUUCAUUUGGAACAAGGAUCCAAAAGCAAAGUCUUUGUCCGACUCCUGACGCAGGCUACCGCCGACCGAGAAGAAGCUCCCGAGGAUGCUCUACCAAAAGAGUCCUCCGAACUUGUGGAACUAAUUUUAGAACGAGCUCUGUCCUAUUUGGACACUCAAGCUUGCCCCAGCUUGAAGAAGACUCUCUUUGGAGAACGAGUUAAUGACGACAAUGGGAAUUCUAGUUCGAUGGCUCAGUUAUUCCGAAAGCGACAGCUCGAUUAUUCCAUUCGUGAACCCGCCAUAAACGUCUAUGAGGCCCCGCAUGGUCAUUUCGCCAUGCACAAGGACCAUCACGCUCUGUCCAUCUUGAUUCCUCUUUCGGAUCCCACAGCAGACUUUGAAGGAGGAGGAACCGCCUUUUGGAGUCAAUCCCAUCCGAUGGAGGGGAUGGACAGCCCCUCUAUUGUGCUUAAACCAAAACCAGGGACUGCUUUGUUGUGGGGAGGCCGGGUAAGUCACAAGGGCGUGACGAUUUCCAGCGGCACUCGUGUCGUGGUUGUUGCGAGUUUUUCGGGUCCCAAUUCUCCUCGGGAGGAUGUGAAGGAGCGUCUGUCGGCUGGUCUUGGUGUUCGAACUAUUCUUAGUGCCCGGUGA